AUGGCCGCGAACAACCUUUACCAGUAUUCUAUCCUUAGUGCUCUAAUGGAGGGAAUAUGCCAAACAGGAAUUGCCGUUAAAGACACUCUCACACAUGGCGACCACGGCCUCGGUACCGUGUCGAACCUUAAUGGGGAGAUAGUCAUCAUUGACGGCGAAGUUUACUACUUUCCUUCGUGCGGGCAAAUCCGAAAAGUUGAAAUUUCAGACACCCUACCUUUCAUCAUGGUCACUCGAUUCAAACCGACCAUCGAGAAGCUCUUGUCUUCCCUCGACAUGGACUCGCUUCCGGGGGCGCUAGAGCCUCUGCUUCCUUCCCGGCAGAAUUGCUUUUUGUCAAUUCGUGUCGACGGGCUGUUCAACUAUAUCAAGUUCCGUAUCAUAGCGGGACAGUCUAAGCUUCGGGAAUCUCUACUUGAGCUAGUCAAGCGGCAGCAAAUCGUGAGCUCCAGCAAUGUUGAGGGUACUCUUUUUGGAUUCUGGUCUCCGGCUUUUAGUGGAGGUUUUAGUGUUGCGGGCUUCCACUUGCAUUUUUUGUCGAAAGACAAAACCCAAGGCGGUCAUGUCAUUGGGUUUGACACAAGAGAAGUCAGACUACAAGCGGCCGCUAUUGAAGAAUAUACGGUUAAGCUGCCUCAGAACGAAGAGUUUAAUGAAAAGGUCAUUCAAGGUGCAAGGGAUGCGGAGCUUCAUGUGGCGGAAGGGGGUUAA